AUGGAUCUUCAUAAAAACUGUGGCUCUCCACUGCUGACAGAGUCUUCAAAACAGAGAGAGGUAAGCUCAGGUGCUGUAAAUAUGGCCCAACUGAGGCAGUCCUUCCUGUUCACUGGGAUUCUACUUGCUGUCCUCUUAAUGCCAGCAAUUUAUGCUUUUCUUCUUAUUUUAUAAUGUCUACCAGACUUCCUGAGAGCUGGUCCAGUGGGACACCAGGAGAAAGAGGAAGGGCUGCACAAGCUGGUACGCAACAGGAGGAGCAUUGCUUACUACAAACAACUGCCUGAAUUUUGGGCCUGGUACAAGUACUAUGUGGACACUCACAACCAGGAAGGAAUUGAGAAUAUGGACCGGCUGUACUUGCUCUACCUCCAGAACAAGCACCGGGUUGAGGAAGGCAGUUACAAUCAAUACCUUACCCACCUAAGUGAGGUCUACAAGGCCUGUGCCAAAUCAGACGACCCCGACUGCAUUCCAGAAUACACCAGCAAACCCACUGCUAAGGUUGUCAUGCCUGCUGCUUUGAAGCAAGCUCCAAUCUGCAACCCAUACCUCGACCCCUACUGCCUCUAUUCGGCUGCACCUGAGGUGCCUGCUCCUGCUUCAGUUAAAUCUCCUGGUCCAAUCCUAACACCCAUGCUCCCCAUGCCCAUGUAUGCCCCUUCAGGAUACCACUACUAUGCUCCAUUACUACAGCCUUUCCUUUCAGCAGAGCAACAAGCCGAGCUGCUGCGGGUCUGCAACCCAUCAGACGUAGAGUGCCUGCAGUAUCACUUGCGUGCAGCUUAUGGUUAUCGGCCCGCUCUUACACCAGUUUCACCUUUGGCUAUGGUAGCCAAAACUCCAGCAGGUGGUUCUGCAGUCUUUGUUAAUAGUCUGAAGUCCAGUGCUGCUAGUUACCAGCCAGAAUGCCAUCCAUACGACCCCAACUGUAACAGAUUUUCUCCACCAGCGCCUAUCGAAGCAAGGCGUGCCAUGACUGCCCAGGAUGACAUCAUCUUGCCCCACCCUGACUGCGAUCCUGAGAUUGACUACAAUUGCCGUCUACGUCGUGCACACUCCAGUGCCAACAAGGAGGCAGCUGAUGAAUCCCAGGAGAAGCCGGUUCAGCAAACCGCCAAGGUUGCACCUCGAUUUGAGGACUUCCUGAGAGGAUACAUGGGUUACUACAAGAAAUGA